AUGUCGGAGCAAACGUACAGAUUCAAUGUUUCCAUGAGCUGUGUGCCCCUCAUCCCCCGCUAUGUCCGCCUUUUCCUCUCUUUCUCCCUCACCUUCCUGUAUCAUGCUUACCCAUUCUCGUCAGGUGUCAAGUCGUUCGACGUCAGCCUGGAAAACCAAACUGCGACCGUCGUCACCGAGCCGUCCGUGUCGUAUGAGACUGUGUUGGAGAAGAUCAAGAAGACCGGCAAGACCGUCAACAGUGGAGAGGCCGGCGGUCAAACAAUGCCUGUUUGA